UUGUCUUGGGAUUUGAGCUUGAAUUCUGAAGUUGUUGAUUGUUUUGGAGUUGGAAAUGGUUGGAUGAUUGCGGAGGCUGAAGUGAGUGGUUCUUUGCAGCGGGGAGUGAAUGAGAGACUGAGUGAGUGAGUGGUUUAUGAGGUGUAUGUGAGGUUGUUUUGUUGCGAAUUUUUUGUGAGGCUGUUAGUUGAUGGAUAGUUUGGUUGGUGGAUUUUUUGCGGGAGGGGAGUGGUGGAGCGUGAUUGGAUUUGGAGAAUUUGGUGGAGUGGUGUAGUGAUAGGAUCUGGAAGACUUGUCGUGGUCGAUUUAGAAUCUAGGAAUCAUGGAUUCGAGCGUCCUUGUAUUACAGUUGUGUUGAUUGAUAAGUGGACGGAGUUUGCUUGCUUGAGCUGGAGUAUUGCAUGAGGGAGUUGGAGGUGGUGAGUGUUAUUUUUCGACGCUGGAGAGGGAGGCUUUUGGAGAUCCUCGAAGGAUUUUGUGAAGUUUUUAGUUGAAAAAGAGGUUUCGUUAACGGGAGUAGGGGAGUUUGUCCGCAGAGGAUGAUCUCGCGGCAAAUAGAAGGAGAGAAGUUCCGCGGAUUUUGUUGUCGUCAGCGCCAUCUAUUGAAGAGACUGACUUGAAUGCAAUCCUCUACAGAGAGUAGCAGCCAUUUUACAUGCUACAGGAGGAUCUGCCGGCAUACACUACCCCUAGUGCGGAUCAGAAUGGAAGCAUUCGGGAUGAUUAUACCUCUCAAGAUGCGUUAGCGGUAUGUUUCGGGUAGAGUAGGGGCACUAUCUAGAAGGCGAAGCAAGAUGGGAGCGACGGUGAGGGAAUUGGGUGGAAGUGAUGGAUGACUGCUCCUUUGUAACUUAGAAGAGAAAAUGGAAGAGAGCCCAACAGAUUGAGGAAAGAAGGGCCUGGAAUUGGAGGACAAGUGGAUCCCGUGGGGAAGGAAUCUUCGGGUGAAAGCUUUGCCGAAUGUAAUAAAGGCUUACCUCAGCAAGAAGAUGCUACGUCUUUUCCUGUUUUAGGGGCGAAGGAGGAUUAGGCAUUUCUACCACCGAGUGGCCGGUUGGGAACUAACAAGAGUAGAAGCAUGCAGAAAACGUCGAUCACUCAUAUGAAGCUCGACGGCUUGUCUGGGAUUGAGGGAAGUGAUUUGAGAGAUGAAUCUGUUGCAUCAACCCCUAGAAGUGGAGACGAACAUGAGAAAUCUGUUGCUAGCCGUGACACCCUGCAGUCUCCGGAUGGUUCUGUGCGGUUGGUGCGAUCUUCUUCUGGAGCUGGUAAUAGAUGGCGACGCCUUCGUCACUCAGUGCAAUUUGCUGCUUACAUGACUCAAUUGAGGCAUGGAGAAGCUGAUCUUAUAGAAGAGAAUGCAAAUGAGGUUUUGCACAGACAAAAUAGCAUGAAAGAUGGUUCCGGAUUCUCAGGAGGUGUGGCAUUUGAUGGAGCGAAGACAGCUGCUACUUCUUCCCCCAAAGGAAGGAAAGGUAUGGAAGGCAUGCUGGUGCGGCAUGAUAGAAGCUUUCUCACCAUAUUGCAAGACUUCUACGUGGCUUGUUUGAAGAUGCCUAUGGGACAGUUUACUGUUGGUGUAUUCCUAGCGCCAUUAGUACUUGGAUUGCUGUUUACUCCUCUGUUCUUGUUGGACAAGGGGGGGCUCUCAUUUGAUGGAACCAGAGAGGCUGAGGCUGCCCCUGGAGAAGGUUCAGUUGUAGCAGCUACGCGGGGGUUCUCUGCACUUCUCAAUGUCUACCUCUAUGCAUUGUCGUUGUCAACAACGUUUGGAGGGUCACCGGUGGUUGCACAUUCGCCAUUUUGUUUGCUGGUGGCAAAUGUGAACACUCUUGUGGCCCAAUUUCUUUUUGUCUUUCUUAGUGGAGGAGUGUUUGCAAGGAUGUCACAACCUUCAUCUCCCGUACGAUGCUCUAAGAAGGCGGUUAUUCGUUGCGAAGACUAUGUAUCAACAUCUGAAAUAGAGAAAUAUAGGGUUUUUGCUGUACGGCUGGUGUUGACAGGCCCUGCUCCAUGCGAAUUGGUAGAUGCUAAAAUCUGUUUGACUUUCCGGAUAUUUGUGAAACUACCUUCGGGCUCCAUGUUUUGUUCUUCCCAGGAUCUUCAGCUCGUUCGACCUGAGGUCUCAUACCUGCAAUAUGGACUAAUGGUUCGACACAUAAUCGAUAAAAAAAGCCCUAUGUUUGGGCAUACAAUGAAGACUUUGAAAGAUGGAGAUGCUUCUUUCUCACUUACCAUCAUGAGUCUGGAACGUACGUCUAUGCAACCAAUUUUUCAUUUGCAGGAUUAUUUCGUAUGUGAUGGAGACCUUGUGUGGGAUGGAGACUUCGAGGACUUUAUUCACAUUAAUGAGGAUGGACAACGUAUUCUGGAUCACUCAAAGAUAGAUUUGCUGAAAACGUUCAAGGUUGGAGGAAUUGUAGCUCAGGCUAUUUCAAGGAUGGGAUCGGGUGUUGCUACACGGAAGGAACAGGAAGCGUUACGGAAACUGGAGGUUGAAGCGAAGUUAGCCGAAGGUGUUGCGUCAGCUUUUCAGUCACCGAAGGCGUUGUUGGAAGGGUUGCGCUCACGGAAAUGAUGGAAGUCGAAAUCAACCUCUUUCACACGAGAUCCAGGCUGGUGAUCGUGGUAAUGCAGGUUUAUGUUAUGCGUUAGAAUGACAAGAAUAGUCUGGAUAUUUAAUAUAGCCUGGUACUUUCACUAGUCUGUUAGAUUGGAGGAAUUAAGACACCCAUGUUGAGCAUUGUGUUCAGAGUAGGUCUCCUCAGUUGCAACUGCCGAUGUAUUCAAGGACCUACACUGGUGGCGCCACACCACACAAGGAUAACUGUAAAUGACGAGAUUUUUGUUCAAUGUCUUAAAUUGUUCAUAUACCUCAA